AGGAUGAAUUGGUCCUGGCUCCAGGAGCUCCUAAGCGGGGUGAACAAGUACUCCACGGCCUUCGGGCGCAUCUGGCUCUCCGUGGUCAUCGUCUUCCGCUUCCUGGUCUACGUAGUGGCGGCUGAGCGGGUGUGGAGCGACGACCAGAGGGACUUUGAGUGCAACACGCGCCAGCCCGGCUGCUCCAACGUCUGUUAUGACCACUUCUUCCCCGUCUCCCACAUCCGCCUCUGGGCCCUGCAGCUCAUCCUGGUCACCUGCCCCUCCCUGCUGGUGGUCAUGCAUGUGGCCUACCGGGAGGCCAAGCAGAGGAAGUGCCGGGAGGCGGAGGGAGAGAACUGCCGCCGGCUCUACCCCGACCCCGGCAAGAAGCGGGGAGGGCUGUGGUGGACCUACCUGCUCAGCCUUGUCUUCAAAGUUGCUGUGGACGUGACUUUCCUCUACAUCUUCCACCGGCUCUACCCCAAUUUCAACCUGCCCCGCGUGGUGCGGUGCACCGAGGCCCCCUGCCCCAACACGGUCGACUGCUUCAUCGCCAGGCCCACCGAGAAGAAACUCUUCACCUACUUCAUGGUGGCCACCGCCACCCUGUGCAUCCUUCUCAAUCUCUGCGAGAUGACCUACCUGGUCGCCAAGCGGUGCUGGGAACUCGCCGCCCGGCGCCAGGGCAGGGAGCAGCUGAGCAAACCCACAGGCUGCCAUCACUGUGCACAGCAGAAGAACCAGGGUCUUAGUACAUCCUCCUCAGGGCAGGCUCCAUUCCGGUCUGUCCCUUUAUACCGCGGGGAGGGUGCUGCUAGUGAAGGGAGAAGAGGCUCCUACCUCAUCUCCGUGCAUUCACUAUCUCUCGCACAGACUCCAUCCACCAGUGCAAACUUCUCACCAGCUUCAUUCCCUGCAGACUGA